CUUGAUACUGGCAAGCGGAGCAUUCUACGAUUGGGGACGAGAAUGCCUGUUCUGCGCCUUUAUGCUGUGCGCUCCGACCGGCAGUGGAUGUAUAUCGUGAGUUGUCGAGUAUAAUAGAGCUUAUCCUCCUCACAUAGCAGCAACUCAAGCUUCAAGACUCUCUUCCAUUCUUCCUCUACUCAAUUGAAGCGGCUGGCUCGUUUCUCUACUAUCUUCAACCCGUAACUUUUUAUUCUUACACUACUGCAUUCAUCUCCCAUUCAAAACUCUCCAUCACCCAAUAUGCGCUUCUCUACUUUCCUCAUCAGCACCAUUGCGCCCACUCUCAUCGCCGCCCAUGGCAAGAUUGCCGCAGUUCAAGGCGACGCAGGGGGCAACGGCACAGCAAUCGGCAUCCAAGGCGGCAUCAUCCCAGGCGCAGGCAAGAACAAAGUGACGGAGCCCGACACCACCGUCUUCAAGCGCACCGACAUUGCCACAGACGGGCUCGGCAAGACCAAAGGCCAGGGCCCAAACACGGCCGCCAUGCUCGCCGACACCAUGGCGCAGAGCGGCUCCACGCUCCCCCAGGUCACCGACGGCGGCAUGAUCACCGGCACGUUCCACAUCGUGACCACCGACGGCGCCGGCCCCGUGUCCGCCAUGAUCGACCCCACCGGCACCGGCGCCUUCUCCACCGGCGUCCAGGCCACAGUCAUGCAGGACGUGCCCGGCAACAAGGGCAACAUCAAAGCCAACGGCCAGGUCCCCCGCAGCCUGGCCUACUGGGCCCUGCGCGCCCGAGCCCUGGUCAAGCGCGCGUCGAACGUCAACCAGGACUUCCCCAUCGCUGUGCAGGUGCCCGCUGGGACAACGUGCUCUGGGACCGCGGCAGGGCAGCAGAACGUCUGCUUCAUGAAGAUCGCGAACAGCAACAAAGCCGGGCCGUUCGGUGGCGUAAUCGCAUUCCAGAUGAUCGGAUCUGCUGCUGGGAACAGCACGGCCGCUGCAGGUCCAGCAGGCUCGACAACCGGAUCGACGUCUGGUGCAGGCUCGACAGCGUCUUCGCCCGGCACCGCCCCAGCGAACACAAAGACGGGCUCCAGCGCCGCGUCCCCGCCUGCAUCCAACACCGGCACCAACAAGCGCACACCCGGCUCCGCAGUCGCGAGGCACUUCGCCGCAUAAACAGUCCUCUCAGCCCCGCCUCGCAGCCCUCUCCCUUGUCAUUUGCGCUGGAGGGGUUAGUGUGAGAGGGAGAGGCGUGGAGGGUAGGACGAAUUUUGCUCGUCGAGGUUGGCGUACCCGGACGUCAUGGUCGUGUUGGAGUCCGUGUUUCUUGUUUCUCGACGGCGGUUGCGUGAGGGUGUUAAUUCUCUCACCGAGCUCGCAGUGACGGAAGUAGAGGAGCGCGGGGUC